GAUCAAAAAUUUUAAUGACUAAAAAUAAGUUCAUUUGACUGUUACAAAGUUAAAAAAGCAUUUAAAACUAUCUUUUAAGUGAUUUUUAACGAUUAUAUAAAAUCAAUCCGAAAUAAUUUUUAUUUAUUCAUAAUUUAUCACGGGUUGAACGCAAUUCAAAAAACAGUAUUGCUAUUCUUUAGUAUAAACGACAAUAGAACAAAUAUACAUUUAUAUGCAUUUUAUACAGAAAUAAAAAUGUAAAAGUCAACAAAGAAUAUAAAUAAAUAAAACGAAUAUGUAUGAAAACAGUAUAACAAAAAAUCAAAUAAAAUUAACGACAAAUAAUGAAUCCUAUGUUAGUAAAACGGAUUUCGCUCAAGCUAUUUCCUCUUUGAUAGCAAAUAAUGUCCUUAAAUUACUUUGCAAUGAAAAUAUCGAUGCAGCUGACCAAGAAAUUGUUGAAAACUUACUCAAUGCAUAUAAAGAAUUUACCAAUGAUGAUAUUUCUUCAGAUCCAUCAUCACUUUAUAAUAAAAUUAAAAUGGGAGUAAUUUAUUCCAUCGCUGAUUUACUCGUUUCUACUAAAAGAGGAGAUAAUUUUAAAAAAACUUAUAAUGUAAUACCUGAUUUUAACUUAAAAAAUAUAAAUAAAACGAGUGGUCUUAAAAUAUCAAUCAAAAAUAAAAAUGAUUUAAGUGCUUUAACACAUUCGAAAAGAAAAAAAAGCUAUUUAAAUGACUUGGCAGAGCAAAAUACUAUACCAAAAAAAAAUAUUGUGGUUAAAGAUAAUCCUAAACAAGGUAAAACCAAUCAAAUUUUAUCCAAGAAAACUGUUGAAAAUAACAAUAAUUAUAAUCAACAGGGAAAAGUCAACGAAGGAAUAACACGCAUUACAAAUAAAUCAUCUCUUAAAUCAAGAUCAAAUAUUCAACUUAGAAAAAGAACUUCAGAUAAAAACUAUGAUUUAAUAACUAAAAAAAAUAACGAUAAUUUACCGACUGAAAUCGCAAACCGAAGGAGUAAAGUAUACUCGAGUUUUCACCCAAGAAAUGUGUCACAGAAAAAAGCUAAUGAAUCUAUCAAAAUUGCUACCAACAUUACUGAAGAAAAAAAAACAAAAGACAAUAAAAUGUAUAAUUCACAAAAAAGUGCAAGUAAAAGUUUUAAGGAAAAUCUCAUUAACAAAAAGAAACAAGAGAAUGAAACUGCUGAAAAUCGCCUAAAUAGAAAACCAAUAGGAAUAAUCGAGGAAAAUAAAAUAGGAGGUCAUCAGCAAAUUACGAAAAGAAAUAUACUUAAAGAAGAUAAAAACAUCAUGGCUGACAAAGGUAAAAAUCAUGAUCAGAAUAUAAAUUUAGGUGAUAAAAAAGUUGUUACCCAAAUGCCUGAUUUACAAGAAAAAAAGUAUAAUAUAACCGAUAAAAUUAAUAAAAAUAAAACUCGAUCUAAAAGUUAUAAAAAUAUCAAUUUAAAAAUUAAAGAUUUUAACACAAAAGAAGCAUUAAAUUAUAAAAAAGUAUUGGCAAAUCCAACUUCUAAUAAUAAUAAAGUAGUACAGCAAACAUUCUAUGGUAAUAAAAAUCAAUUAGACAAACGACAAAAUACCAAUAACAGUGGCAAUAAUACACAAAAACACCAAAGAAACCAUAACAAUAAAAAGAUAAAAGAACAGCCAGAUAAAGAACAAAAUUAUCAAGGUACCAAUGAUAGUAAAAAUAAUAAUUUUAAUAAAAUAAAUACUUCAUAUAAUAACAACCAUGAUAAAUUAAAAGAUAAAAAAAAAAGUAAUCUUCAACCACGUGAUACCAAUGAUGGCAAAAAAACUAUCGAUAAACAGAGUAAUACUGAUAAAGAUACUAACGCAAAGGCAAUAGUUCAAGACAAAAGACGAAACCUUUUAUCACGUGAUACCAAUGAUGGAAAAAAAACUAACGAUAAACAAAGAAAUAUAGAUAAAAAUACUGACGCAAAGGCAAUAGUUCAAGACAAAAGACGAAACCUUUUAUCACGUGAUACCAAUGAUGGCAAAAAAUUUUUGAAUAAACAAAAUUUUUCUGGAAAAAAUUAUGAUAAAAAGACACAAGAACGACAACUUGCACAACAAAAUCUCCAACCACAAGGACUUUCUAACAGCAAACAUAAAAUUAAUAAUCUGAAGUCUUCAGAAAAAUAUGACGGUGGAAAAAUAAAUAUUAAUUCAAAUGAACAAACAAAUAAUGAGUCUCGAGGAAUAAAUGAUGAUAAAAAUUUAGACUAUAAACGAAAAAAUUCAAAAAAUAAUAUUAAUAGGAUUGACGAUAAAACAAUUAAUAAAAAAGUCAAAAUUGAAGUACAUAAAACAAAUAAUAAAAAAAGUGAUAAGCAAAAUCCAUCAGAUAAAAUUGGCGUUGGAAAAAUUAAUAGUAACUCAAAUAAUCAGCAAAAAAUUGAAUCGCGAGGGAAAAAUAAUGAUAAUAGAGCAAGUUCAAAACUUAAUUUUAUAAAGAAAAAUAAAGAUAAAAACCUAAAAAUUAAUCACAAAAAUGUUCAUUCUAGUUUACUUGAUGAUGAUAAUAAAAAUUCUUUAGUGAAACAAGGUGAAAGUAAUAAAAAUAGCAAAAAAUUGGAUAAACAGCAUAAUAUUGAUUCUCAUGCAAACAAAUAUAGGAAGGAAUUUGUUAAUAAACUUAAUACUUCAAAAGAAGAUGAAGACAGAAAAGAAAAUAACGAGCUAUAUAACAAACAAUACCGACAAUUACAAGGAUCUUACGAUAAAUUUGAUAAUAAACAAAAUGUUACAGGAGGAAAAAUUAAUCGGAAAAUAGAAAAUACUAUUCCAAUUAAUCUUGAAAAAGAUCCUCCAACCUCCAAGACUUUAAAAAGUAUUAAUAAUAAUAUAAACGCCCAAAAUGAAAAUCUAAUAAACUCAAUGGAUAAAAUAGUAAAAAAAAAUGAUAAUAAUGUGACAUUAAAAAACAAUGACGAACAGUCGAAUAAAACUAACAAUAAUUAUCUAUCAAAUACAAGUCAAAAUAUAAAAGAAGAUAUAACUAAUAAAGAAGACUUUAAUGCUCAAAAUUUAUUGAUAGGUUUUAAUACUAAUUUGAAAGCAUAUCAAGAAAAUAAUAGUGUGACAGAACAACAAGACAAUGAUGCCUUUAUCGAUCAUCAAACUACAUCAAGAAGUAAUCCCACAUUCAGCAUCAACAAUAAUAAUUUAAAUCUGAAAAACCAGGAAAACGAUACAAAUAAUUCACCAUCUGAAACACGUACUAAUAUUCAAACCAGAGAAGCUACUAAAAUCAACGAGAACCUAAAUGGUUUAGACGAUAAAAUAACAAAAAGUGGACAAGCUGAUAAAUUACAAAAUAAUAACGUUGUCAACAUAAAUAAUCAAGAUCAUUUAAUAAAUAAUAAUACAAAUGAUAAUCAAGUUGAAAAUUAUUCAAAAUUAAUCACUAGAAGCUCAUAUUCUACAAAUUGCACAGAACCUAUUUCAAAAUCAAAUAAGUGUUGUGAAAGAUUAACAGAUAUCAACAUACAAUUAAUUGAUUUAGAUGAGAUUGGCUACAAAAGCACAAAAAGAGGAAGCUGGACGGAAGUAAAUCGUAUGACACUAAGCGAUUAUUGCAAAACCAAAUAUAAUUAGUAUCUCUUUCGUAUGAUAAUUAAAUUUUGAAUAAAUUUAAUCAUAUGAAUUAAAUUUUGUAUGAAAGCUUAACAAAUAAUAACAUAACAAAAUUUAUUACUUUCGUCGUAAAUGUUUAAAAUUUCUCGUUCUUGGUUAAAAGU